CUGUGGCGGGGCUUGCUGGGAUUAUGGCGGAGAAUCACUGCGAGCUGCUGCCGCCGGCCCCGGGCGGCCUCGGGGCGGGGCUGGGGGGCGGCCUGUGCCGCCGCUGCAGCGCGGGGCUCGGCACCUUGGCCCAGCGCCCCGGCAACGUGUCCAAAUGGGUCCGGCUCAACGUCGGUGGCACCUACUUCCUCACCACUCGGCAGACGCUGUGCCGGGAUCCGAAAUCCUUCCUGUACCGUUUGUGCCAGGCCGACCCCGACCUGGACUCGGACAAGGACGAAACGGGUGCCUAUUUAAUCGACAGAGACCCCACCUAUUUCGGGCCCGUGCUAAACUACCUGAGACACGGAAAGCUGGUCAUUAACAAAGACCUUGCCGAGGAAGGGGUGUUGGAGGAAGCGGAAUUUUACAAUAUCACCUCACUAAUUAAACUUGUAAAGGACAAAAUUAGAGAACGAGACAGCAAAACAUCACAGGUGCCGGUGAAGCACGUGUACCGCGUGCUGCAGUGUCAGGAGGAGGAGCUCACGCAGAUGGUCUCCACCAUGUCCGACGGCUGGAAGUUCGAGCAGCUGGUGAACAUCGGCUCCUCCUACAACUACGGGAGCGAGGACCAGUCCGAGUUCCUCUGCGUGGUCUCCAAGGAGCUGCACAACUCUCCGUACGGCACGGCCAGCGAGCCCAGCGAGAAGGCCAAGAUCUUGCAAGAACGGGGUUCGAGGAUGUGAGAGACACAGUGCUGACAGCUGAAGACAGAGCGUUUUACCUUUUCCCGAGAUGCCGUGAUCCGCCGUGUUGAGGAAGCUUGGCCGUGAGAAGAAACCUGCUUUUGACAAUUUCUCUAGAGAUCUGGGUGUGAAUCCUUUUUUUGCCUCUGAGGUGGGUGGUGUGAGACGGGACCAGCUGUCCGAGGCCGGGCGUCUCUGCUCAGAGGUGGCCUGCUGCCUGGCUGGCGUCCCCCCCACGGGCCUCUGCGUGGUUUUCCCAGGUGCCGCUCGGGCCUGAGGCAGGCGCUCCUGACUGACCCUUUUAUUCACCGGAGACCAUUUAAAGGACAGCGUUCUUGGUGCUACAUAAACAGUCUGUAAUGGAGCCUGGGCCUCGCUGGUGGGAAGCGGCUGCAGCGCCGUGGCCCUGGGCCCUGUGGGCCUGCUGGCCACCGCCCCGCACACCAGGCCCCGGUGCUGGGGCCAGGGGUCCGCUCUGCCGCCCAGGCGGGACCAGGUGGUGGUUUCCCCCCGCCUCUGCGUGUUCUCCUUCCCGGGCCUCCUCAGAGCUGGGCUCCCCGGCCCAACGCGGCCUGGGCCCGUCCCGUGUCCCCAUCCAUGACUCCCAGGCCGGAGGCCUUUGCGUCCUUUCUUCCCCGCGUGGAUACCGCCCAGUGCUUUCACUUCGUAGAGAUGCCUGGAAGUGCUGCUGCCUUUGGGGCUCCUCUGUUAGGUCAUUCGAAGGGAGGUGCACGUUGUGCCUUGUCCGACCCAGCCGUGGGCUCGGGGGCAGCCAGCGCCUGGCACUGCCCUGGUCUCACCUGGGACGGAGGGCGGGGCGGGAGGCCUGGCCCUCCGGCUCCUGGAGCUGAAACUCCGGGUCGUGUUGGAAACGGAUGUUUACAGCGCAUCAGCAACGUCUCCCUCUGGCCGGCUCUCGUUCUCUUGUAUAACUAUGCAGUUCUCUCUGACGUUUCGGGGCGUCCGGGACCCAGCCUGCACGGCCCUGCCCCUGACACGACGCCGGAGCGCCUGGGAUUCCUUUGAAAACCGCUGUCCACUUUGCGAGCAGACCCUCCUCGCUGGGUGUGGGGACUGUCGGGGGGGGGGGGGCCUGGCCGGGCGGGCAGCUGGCUCCCCACAUCCUGAAUCCGACUUCCAGGGGAGCCCUGUUGCGCCCGCCGCAGGGCCACCGGCAGGUCUGGCUCCUGGCGCUUCCGGAGACUGCGCGCCUGUGCCCUCUUCUCCUUUGCCAAUGUCACCUGACGUUCCCAGCUCUCCAGCACCUGGACUUACCCUCGUUCUUGUGAAGUCUGUCAUACGUUGUUCAGCGUUUGGCUUCCCACCCCUUUGUAGCCACCUUUCUGUGGACACACAGCCCGGGACCCGUCCUCCCCAGCGGCCACUUCUUGGCCUCGGGGUGUACCUGUGGGGCGCUGCUGGCCACUGAGUGUCGUUUGAUUUGUGACCUUGACCUAAUAGAUAGGCUUGUGUUUUUGUUUUUUGGUCUUUUUUUUUUUAAUUUAAAAAUGUUAAGACUUAAUUCACUAAAAUUUAUUCUAAGGGGAUAUUUAUACUUUUGUACUUUUUUAGGUAUCCGUAUUUUAUCAGCUUACAGUUUAAUGCCUAAGUUUCCCCUGAAAAUAGCGAAUAAAAUUGUGUAUUUAUGAAUGA